CUGAUACAAUAAAAAAAAGAAUUUUUGGUGCGUUUUGUACGUUCGUUUCGCGUUUUAUUACUAGAAAAAGUGAUUUUAGCUCAUAACUUAGUAAUUAAAUGUGUUUUGUGUACGCUGUAAGUUAACAUAAUUGAUCCUCAUAGCAUUCCGUCCAGGAAAACAUCGAAAGUUUUGUAAUAUAUUUGGCUAAAGACAACCUGAAUUCGGGCGUCGACCGGUUCAUCCCUCCUACCCGUAAUAACCGUUGCGAUUCUGUCAGUCGUGUCAGUCGCAAUCGUAAUUUUGUACGUGUCGUACCGCGUUUACGGCACGAGGCGAUCGUAGGGGUGUCUUAGAAAGCGAGUGUUGUGUGCAGUGUCGGUAGGGGCGUGCGUUUAAUGUGGUAUUCAGCGCCGGUUUUAGGUUAUCGCAAGUCGUGUCGCGCGGCGUGAUCAGGCGCGAUGGUGGACAUGGAUAGAAACGACCCGGAGCUCCGGUACCUGUCGGUGGACCGGAACAGCUUCAAUGAUCCGGCCACGCAGGCGGAGUGGACCCAAAAACGUUUGGUGUGGGUGCCCCAUGACACCCAAGGGUUCGUCGCGGCAGGAAUAAAGGGGGAGCGUGGAGAUGAGGUCGAAGUGGAAAUUGCGGAGUCGGGGAAGAGGAUGCUGGUGCCUAUAGAUGACAUCCAAAAGAUGAACCCGCCGAAGUUCGACAAAGUGGAGGACAUGGCGGAGCUGACCUGCCUCAACGAGGCUUCCGUACUGCACAACAUCAAGGACAGAUACUAUUCUGGCCUUAUUUAUACGUACUCGGGGCUUUUCUGCGUGGUGGUGAAUCCAUACAAGAAGUUGCCGAUCUACACGGAGAAGAUAAUGGAGCGGUACAAAGGCAUCAAGAGGCAUGAAGUCCCGCCACACGUCUUCGCCAUCACAGACACCGCUUAUCGUUCUAUGCUGCAAGAUCGCGAGGAUCAGUCGAUCCUCUGUACGGGAGAGUCGGGCGCGGGUAAGACUGAAAACACCAAGAAGGUGAUACAGUACCUUGCCUACGUCGCCGCCUCUAAGCCAAAGGGCUCCGGAGCGGGACCUUCGCCGCAGUUGAUUAUUGGCGAGUUGGAGCAACAAUUGCUGCAAGCUAAUCCAAUUUUGGAAGCUUUUGGUAACGCGAAGACAGUCAAAAACGACAACUCAUCGAGAUUUGGUAAAUUCAUUAGAAUUAACUUCGACGCAUCCGGAUACAUUGCCGGUGCGAACAUCGAGACUUACUUGUUGGAGAAAUCAAGAGCUAUCAGACAGGCGAAAGAUGAACGCACAUUCCACAUCUUCUACCAGCUGCUCGUCGGAGCGACGCCGCAGCAGAAGGCCGAAUACAUUCUGGAAGAUCCUAAGAACUAUCCCUUCCUCACCAAUGGCUCGUUGCCCGUCCCCGGAAUAGAUGAUGCCGCGGAAUUCCAGGCCACGAUCAAAUCAAUGAAUAUAAUGGGCAUGAACAUGGAAGACUUUAAUUCCAUCUUCAGAAUAGUCUCCGCGGUUCUACUGUUCGGUUCCAUGCAGUUUAAGCAGGAGAGGAAUUCGGAUCAAGCCACGCUGCCCGAUAACACGGUCGCUCAGAAGAUCGCACAUUUGCUUGGUCUUUCAGUAACAGAAAUGACGAAAGCAUUCCUAAAACCACGUAUCAAGGUCGGCCGCGACUUCGUGACUAAAGCCCAGACAAAAGAACAAGUCGAGUUCUCGGUGGAAGCGAUCGGCAAGGCGUGCUACGAGCGCCUCUUCAGGUGGCUGGUCAAUAGAAUCAACAGGUCCCUGGACAGGACGAAGAGGCAAGGGGCAUCGUUCAUCGGUAUCCUCGAUAUGGCCGGUUUUGAAAUCUUCGAGCUCAACUCCUUCGAGCAGCUUUGCAUCAACUACACCAACGAGAAGCUGCAGCAGCUCUUCAACCACACGAUGUUCAUAUUGGAACAGGAGGAGUACCAAAGGGAAGGAAUCGAAUGGAAGUUCAUCGACUUCGGACUCGAUUUGCAACCGACGAUCGAUUUAAUCGACAAACCGAUGGGUAUCAUGGCCCUGCUUGACGAGGAGUGCUGGUUCCCUAAGGCCACAGACAAAAGUUUCGUGGAAAAACUCGUGUUGGCCCAUUCCGUUCAUCCGAAGUUCAUGAAGACGGACUUCAGAGGUAUCGCAGACUUCGCCAUAAUUCACUACGCGGGUAAAGUGGACUACUCAGCGUCUCAGUGGUUGAUGAAAAACAUGGACCCUCUGAACGAGAACGUUGUUUCUCUGCUCCAGUCGUCGCAGGACCCCUUCGUGUGUCACAUCUGGAAGGACGCCGAAAUAGUGGGCAUGGCGCAGCAAGCGAUGACCGACACGCAGUUCGGCGCCAGGACUCGCAAGGGAAUGUUCCGGACAGUCUCGCAGCUGUACAAGGAGCAGCUGACGAAGUUGAUGGCCACGCUGCGGAAUACGAACCCGAACUUCGUGCGAUGUAUCAUUCCGAAUCACGAGAAGAAGGCGGGCAAGAUCGAGGCCCCCCUGGUGCUGGACCAGCUGAGGUGCAACGGUGUGCUUGAGGGCAUCAGGAUAUGCAGGCAGGGCUUCCCCAACAGGAUACCCUUCCAGGAGUUCAGGCAGCGCUACGAGCUGCUCACUCCGAACAUCAUCCCCAAGGGAUUCAUGGACGGGAAGAAGGCCUGCGAGCGGAUGAUCGAGGCGUUGGAGCUGGACCACAACCUGUACCGUGUCGGACAGUCGAAGAUCUUCUUCAGGGCGGGCGUGCUGGCUCACCUGGAGGAGGAGCGCGACUACAAGAUAACGGAUCUGAUAGUGAACUUCCAGGCGUUCUGUCGCGGCUACCUCGCCCGCAGGAACUACCAGAAGCGGCUCCAGCAGCUGAAUGCUAUUCGUAUCAUCCAGAGGAACUGCGCCGCAUACCUCAAGCUGAGGAACUGGCAGUGGUGGCGACUGUACAUUAAGGUGAAGCCACUUCUGGAAGUGACGAAGCAGGAGGAGAAGCUGACGCAGAAGGAGGACGAACUCCGGCAGAUCAGGGACAAGCUGGAGAACCAGAUGAAGCGGUGCCAGGAGUACGAGCAGAAGUACCAGACCGCCAACCAGGAGAAGACGCAGCUCGCCGAACAAUUGCAGGCUGAGUUGGAGCUGUGCGCGGAGGCGGAGGAGAGCCGGGCGCGCGCGGCUGCCAGGAAGCAGGAGCUGGAGGAGCUGCUGCACGACCUGGAGGGCCGCAUCGAGGAGGAGGAGGAGCGCUGCAACGCGCUGCAGCAGGAGAAGAAGCGCCUGCAGCUCAAUAUACAGGACCUGGAGGAGCAGCUUGAAGAGGAGGAGGCGGCGCGGCAGAAGCUGCAACUGGAGCGCGUCCAGUGCGACGCCAAGCUGAAGAAACUGGAGGAGGACCUGGCGCUCAGCGACGACACCAACCAGAAGCUGCUCAAGGAGAAGAAGAUUUUGGAGGAGCGCGCAACGGACUUGUCGCAAGCGCUGGCGGAGGAAGAGGAGAAGGCUAAACACCUCAGCAAGCUGAAGACGAAGCAGGAGUCCGCCAUUGCGGAACUCGAAGAGAAAUUGCUCAAGGACCACCAGCUGCGGCAGGAGGUGGACCGCGCCAAGCGCAAGCUGGAGACGGAGCUGCAGGACGUGCGCGAGCAGCUCGCCGAGCGCAAGGCGCAGCUGGAGGAGCUGCAGAUCGUCCUCAGCAAGCGAGAAGAGGACCUGGCAGCAGCACAGAGCCGGCUGGACGAAGAGGGCGCGCUGCGAGCUGCAGCACAGAAGGCGGCGCGCGAGGCCGAGUCCGCGCUCGCUGACGCACACGAGGACCUCGAGGCGGAGCGCAACGCCCGCACCAAAGCCGAGAAGCUGAGGAGAGACCUCAACGAGGAGCUGGAAGCUCUCAAGAGUGAACUUCUAGACUCGCUCGAUACCACCGCCGCACAACAAGAGCUGCGUUCUAAGCGCGAGCAAGAAGUGGCGGUGCUGAAGCGCAGCCUGGAGGAGGAGGCGGCGGCGCACGAGGCCAGCCUCACCGAGCAGCGCCACAAGCACUCGCAGGAGCUGCAGCUACUUAACGAGCAGCACGAGCAGCUCAAGAAAACUAAAGCAGUGCUGGAGAAGGCGAAGCAGGCGCUGGAGGCGGAGAACGCCGACCUGGCGACCGAGCUGAAGAGCGCGGCGGCGGCACGCGCCGAGGGCGAGCGUCGUCGCAAGCAGGCGGAAGCUCAGCUCGCGGACCUCGCCGCCAAGCUGCAGGACGUCGACCGCUCCAGGGCGGAGGUGCAGGAAAAAUGCCAGCGGCUACAGGGUGAGGCAGAACAGGCGCUGCAGCAGCUGGAGCAGGCCGAACUGAAGGCCUCCGCCGCUCUCAAGCAGGCCGCCACUGUCGGCGCCCAGCACGCGGAGGCACAGGCGUUGCUGGAGGAGGAGACGAAGCAGAAGCUUUCGCUUCAGACGCGACUGCGCAAUGUGGAGCAACAGUUGGAACAGGCGCGCGACCAGCUAGAUGAGGAGGAGGAGGCCAAGAAGAACCUCGAGAAACAAGUGGCAGCGCUGACGCAGCAAGUGGUGGAAGCCAAGAAGAAGGCGGAGGAGGAGGCGGAAACAUCCGCCGCACUAGAGGAGCAGCGUAAGAAGCUCAGCAAGGACAUAGAGGCGCUGCAUCGACAGAUCGACGAGCUGCAGCAGGCCAACGACAAACUCGACAAGAGCAAGAAGAAGGUGCAGGCGGAGCUGGAAGAUACCAACAUCGAGCUGGAAGCUCAGCGCGCCAAGGUGCUUGAGCUCGAGAAGAAGCAGAAGAGCUUCGACAAGGUUGUUGCGGAGGAGCGCGCGGUGGCAGAACGCAAUGCCGCGGAACGUGACGCUGCCGAGCGCGAUGCUCGUGACAAGGAGACGCGCGUCCUCAGCCUCACGCGCGAGCUCGAUGAUGCAGCCGAAAAGAUCGAGGAGCUGGAGCGUUCGAAGCGCGUGCUGCAGGCGGAGCUGGAUGAGCUGGCCAACACGCAGGGCACGGCGGACAAGAACGUGCACGAGCUGGAGCGAGCCAAGCGCGCGCUCGAGUCGCAGCUGGCGGAGCUGCGGGCGCAGAACGAGGAGAUCGAGGACGACCUGCAGCUGACGGAGGACGCCAAGCUGCGGCUGGAGGUGAACAUGCAGGCCAUGCGCGCGCAGUUCGAGCGCGAGCUGCAGGCCAAGGAGGAGCAGGGCGAGGAGAAACGGCGCGGCAUCGUGAAGCAAUUGCGCGACCUCGAGGCCGAGCUGGAGGAGGAGCGCAAGCAGCGCGCCGCCGCCACCGCGCACCGUAAGAAGCUCGAAGCCGACCUCAAGGACGCCGAACAGGCCCUGCACCUCGCCAACAAGGUAAAGGAGGACGCGACGAAGCAGGUGAAGAAGCUGCAACAGCAGCUGAAGGAGGCGGCGCGUGAGGCGGAAGAGGCGCGAGCUGGUCGCGAGGAGGCAGCAGGUGCGGCGCGCGAGGCUGAGCGGCGCGGCAAGGCGCUGGAAGCAGCCGCCGCGCAGCACGCCGAGGAGCUGGCCGCCGCAGAGCGCGCGCGCAGGCAUGCAGAGGCCGAGCGCGACGACCUGCUCGACGAGCUGGCCGCCGCUGCCGCCAAGAACACAUGUUUAGUGGACGAAAAGAAGCGGCUGGAGGCGAGGAUAUCAGCGCUGGAGGAGGACCUGGACGAGGAGCAGUCCAACAACGAGAUACUUAACGACAGAUUGCGGAAGUCGCAGAACCAAAUCGACCAGCUUACGAUGGAGCUGGGCACGGAGAAGGCGGCCACGCAGAAGAUGGAGAGCGGCAAGCUGGUGCUGGAGCGGCAGAACAAGGAGCUCAAGGCCAAGCUGGCCGAGCUCGAGACUGCCGGUCGCACCAAAACCAAGGGUGUGAUAACGUCGCUGGAGCUGAAGGUGUCCAACCUGGAGGAACAGCUUGAGGCGGAGUCGCGCGAGCGGCUGGCGCAGCAGAAGGCGUCGCGCAAGCUGGAUAAGAAGAUGAAGGAAAUGCUGCUGCAGCUGGACGAGGAGCGCCGCCACGCCGACCAGUACAAGGAGCAAAUCGAAAAGAUGAACACGCGCGUGAAGACGCUGAAGCGGCAGCUGGACGAGGCGGAGGAGGAGGUGCAGCGCGAGAAGGUCGGCAAGCGCAAGGCGCAGCGCGAGCUCGAGGACAUGCUCGAGACGCACGAGACCCUCGCGCGCGAGUGCUCCAACCUGCGCAACAAGCUGCGGCGGCAAGGAGGAGGCAUCGGUCUGUCCGGGGCGUCGUCUUCUUCACGACUGAAACGCACCUCUCUGGCGCCCGGCGCUGGCUCCGGGGACGAGUCCUUCGAUGACGUCAACGAUACCACCAACAGCGUCGAGUGACAGCCCACACACCGCCUCUCCCCGCCCACAGACACGCCCACAGCCCCGCCCACAACCACGCCCGCAUGACUAAAGUUACAGUUUAUUUGCAAGCAAGACAUUUUUUUAUUCCGUUGCGCAUUUAAUAUUUAAAGGUUAGGCCCGCUUUAUUUGGAUUUUUAAAGUAAUAAUUUUAUAACAAUACAUUUUUAACAGACCGGCAUUUAGUAAACUUACGAUACAAAUUUCCGUUUUUAAUUUAGUUGUGUGCCUAUCCUUAUUUCGUUUGUUUACUUACUUCAUUUUUCUAUAACCAGGCGCUUGGUAUCGUUUUUGCUUUUGUAAAAAGUAAAAAAAAAAUCAUUUUUAUAAUAUGUACUUUAAUUGCUUAAAAUUAUUUUUCACUUAAACACAAAAUUAAUGCUGCAAAUAAAUUUAAGUUUUGUAAAUAUUUGGUUUACGAUAUUUUCUGUCUGAAUUUUUCCAAAAGUGGCGUUAGAACGUUAAGUAUAAUAUUUCUUUAGUUAUUUGCAAUAUUUGAAAUGUUGGUGUUAUAUACUUAACCAAUUAUUUAAUAUGUGUCGUAAGCUCUGUUUCUGUCAAACUUUGCAUCUGUAUUAUGUUUUAACAAUUGUAUAUAUUCAAUAUUAACAUAAAUCGCUAUUUUUUUAUAGUUCUGGCCGAAAUUUCUAGAA